AAUUGUCCCAAGAAUCAUCCCAAGAAUCAUCCCUAGAAGAAUCAUCCCAAGAAUCAUCCCUAGAAGAAUCAUCCCUAGAAUUAUCCCAAGAAUCAUUCCAAGAAUCAUCGGUCGAGGAUAGUGAUUCUGAGCAAGAACAAG